AUGAACCAGGAUAUAACAACUAUACUUGUUUAUGUAGAUCAGGAUAUACUGGCAUUGAUUGCGAUAUCACUAUUGACCCCUGUUCUGCUAAUGGAAAUCCUUGUACAAAUGGCGCUACUUGUACUGCUCUUCAACAAGGCAGAUAUAAAUGUGAAUGUUUACCUGGAUGGGAAGGACAACUAUGUGAAAUUAAUACAGAUGAUUGUAUUGAAAAACCGUGCCUUCUUGGAGCUGCUUGCACAGAUC